AUGGCGGCGGAGCGGAGUCGCUCCUCUGUGGACUCGCCGGUCCCGGCCUCUAUGUUCGCCCCCGAGCCCAGCUCCCCGGGGGCGGCCAGGGCCGCGGCGGCCGCCGCCCGGCUCCACGGCGGCUUCGACUCGGACUGCAGCGAGGACGGCGAGGCGCUCAACGGCGAGCCGGAGCUGGACCUCACCAGCAAGCUGGUUCUAGUGAGCCCUACAUCAGAGCAGUAUGACAGCCUACUUCGGCAGAUGUGGGAGAGGAUGGACGAGGGAUGCGGAGAGACCAUAUAUGUCAUUGGGCAGGGAUCAGAUGGGACUGAGUAUGGGCUGAGUGAAGCUGACAUGCAGGCCUCGUACGCCACAGUGAAGAGCAUGGCGGAACAGAUAGAGGCUGACGUCAUCCUCCUGCGAGAACGUCAAGAAGCUGGGGGCCGUGUGCGUGAUUACCUGGUCCGGAAACGAGUAGGAGACAAUGACUUCCUGGAGGUCAGGGUAGCAGUAGUGGGCAACGUGGAUGCCGGCAAAAGCACGCUUCUGGGGGUCCUGACACAUGGGGAGCUGGACAAUGGCCGAGGCUUUGCCCGCCAGAAACUCUUCCGCCACAAACAUGAGAUUGAAUCUGGUCGCACCAGCAGUGUGGGCAACGACAUUCUGGGCUUUGACAGUGAAGGCAAUGUGGUGAACAAGCCCGAUAGCCAUGGUGGCAGCCUGGAGUGGACAAAGAUCUGUGAGAAGUCCACUAAGGUUAUUACCUUCAUCGACUUGGCUGGCCACGAGAAGUACCUGAAGACCACUGUCUUUGGCAUGACUGGGCAUUUGCCUGACUUCUGUAUGCUCAUGGUGGGCAGCAAUGCUGGCAUCGUGGGGAUGACCAAGGAGCACCUGGGCUUGGCAUUAGCACUCAAUGUACCUGUCUUUGUUGUAGUCACCAAGAUUGAUAUGUGUCCUGCCAACAUCCUGCAAGAAACCCUGAAGCUAUUACAGCGCCUGCUGAAGUCACCAGGCUGCCGGAAGAUCCCCGUGCUGGUACAGAGCAAGGAUGAUGUGAUUGUUACAGCCUCCAACUUCAGCUCCGAAAGGAUGUGCCCAAUAUUCCAGAUCUCCAAUGUUACAGGCGAGAACCUAGAUCUGCUGAAGAUGUUCCUCAACCUCCUCUCCCCCCGCACCAGCUACAGGGAGGAAGAGCCUGCUGAGUUUCAGAUUGAUGACACCUACUCUGUCCCAGGUGUGGGUACAGUGGUGUCAGGAACAACACUGAGGGGCCUGAUCAAGCUGAAUGACACACUGCUGCUGGGCCCAGACCCUCUGGGUAACUUCCUGUCCAUUGCUGUCAAAUCCAUCCAUCGCAAGCGCAUGCCUGUCAAGGAGGUGCGGGGGGGCCAGACAGCUUCCUUCGCAUUGAAGAAGAUCAAGCGCUCGUCCAUCCGGAAGGGCAUGGUGAUGGUUUCCCCACGCUUGAAUCCCCAAGCCUCCUGGGAAUUUGAGGCUGAGAUUCUCGUCCUCCACCACCCCACCACGAUUAGCCCACGCUACCAGGCCAUGGUGCACUGUGGGAGCAUCAGGCAGACAGCCACCAUUCUGAGCAUGGACAAGGACUGUCUGCGCACUGGGGACAAGGCCACUGUACACUUCCGCUUCAUCAAGACCCCUGAGUACCUGCACAUAGACCAGCGGCUGGUAUUCCGGGAAGGUCGCACCAAGGCUGUUGGCACCAUCACCAAGCUCCUUCAGACCACCAACAACUCCCCAAUGAACUCCAAGCCCCAGCAGAUUAAAAUGCAGUCAACAAAAAAGGGCCCCCUGACCAAACGAGAAGAGGGGGGCCCAUCUGGCGGGCCAGCAGUAGGGGCACUCCCUACUGGAGAUGAAGCUUCCUCUCUAGGGGCUGUGCAGCCAGCUGCAGCCAGCAGUCUCCAGCUGCAGCCCAAACCCAGCAGCGGGGGCCGGCGACGAGGGGGCCAGCGCCACAAGGUGAAGUCCCAGGGGGCCUGUGUGACUCCUGCCAGUGGCUGCUGAAUCUUCCCCUGCCCGCCCCCCCCCGCCACCACCCAAGGAAUCCUCACACACUGGCCACUGCUCCCCCAGAUAGGCAGAGCAGCUCUGACCACCACCUGCCGUCCCCUAGGCCACAGCCAGAGCCUCCUUACUCCCCCCACCCCCAUUUUCCAGGGGGUUGUAAUUUAUAAGCUGAGGAAGGCGGCCGACUUCUGGAGGACUGCCCUCCCAUCCUCUUCCCUGCCUUCUUCUCCACUCACACAUUUUUUGUACAUCUGGGCCCUUAGUUUUUAUUCUUUUUAUUAUAUAUCUCUGUCUCUAAGUGUGUGUGUGUGUGCGUGUGCGUGUGCGUGUGCGUGUGUGUGCGCGCGUGCGUGCGUGCGUGCGUGCAUGCGUGUGUGUGUGGUGCAGGAGUGCUGCCAGUCAGAGCCCUGUCGGUCUCUCUCCUUUUCUCUUCCAUGACUGGCUGCCUGCCUGCCUGCCCAUCUGUUGGGCUGUGUAUUUGUCUCUGUGCGAAUCCUCAGGGCCUUUAGAGGGUGUGAGGAGCUGAGGGAGCCUGCCUCCCGUCUCACUGCUCCUCUUGGCACUCACAGGCCUCUUCUGUGGGGCCGGACUCUGGGCUGAGGGGCUCCUGGGAUUCGGUGUCUGCUGCUGUGAGAGCAGAGAAUCCCCAAUCUAGGACUUGGGGAUUUUAACAGGGAGAAAAUGGUGGCUUCCCCUUUUCUUUCUCUCCCUCUUUUUCCCCUUAAACCCCCAAACAGGUAAUGCCCAAAGCUCUUCAGCUGUAACCUGUAGAUGUGUGGAGGGGAGUAGUGAUUGGAUUGUAGGACCCUCCCCAUCCUUGACUCUGACCCUUGCCACUGACCCAAAGACAGCUGAUGAGUUUUCCCCUUGGAGACAAUCCUGUGUUUGCCUGGGCUGUCCCGGGCUACUCCUGGCUUCUGCUGAUCUGCCCCACCUGGAGGCUCUCACCUUGCCUAGGAGCUACCUCCUGUGGGUUAGACUGUGGCUUUUUGUUGGGCUUAGGGACACUGUUUACUAGACUGGGGUCUGGGCCUGCUCAGGAGCAUGUUUUCUAGCACCUCCUGUUGGGGUUACAGAGAUGUCCUCUGGGCUAGGCUGGACUGGAACUCCUCCUUCACUACCACAUCACCCCCACACUGCUGCUGCAGGAGCAUAAUAGUGACAAGCCUGAGACUCAAGUUUGGAAGCCCUGAUUGGGGUGCAGGGAGGGCAGGUAGGGGAUAGUGCAGCAGUAUCUUCCAGGCCCAGCACAGAGCAUUUAGUCCUCUGGAAGAAUUGCUGCCUGGGAUGGGGGUGGGGGUGCGCAGGCCAGAAAUGACAAAGUAGGCUCCUAACCAGCCUGGACUGAGCUCUGCACUGAAGCCCUCAAUUUAGGGUGGGCUGACAGGACAGGAUGUGUUCCUGCGCUGGCUGAGUCCUUCAGCCUUGCCUCCUUCCUGUCCUGUUCCCAACCCUCCUUUCUUCCUGCUUCCUGACUGCUGGUCCCCUCCCCUCCUUCCAACUGUUUCUAGUUAUCACUGACCUGUGGCCAUGGACUGAUCAGACCAGCAUUCAAAAUAAAAGUUUGUUCUAACCCGA